AGAGCAAUUGAAUAUCUACAGGAAACAUAGAUGGUCACAUAAUUAAUGUAAAUAUUAACAGUAUUUAGUAGUGAUUGCACGUUAUCAUAGUACAUAAUAGUUCAUAAAUAAUACCCGAUAAACCUGAAUAUAAGAUUGAUUAAAACACAUUUUUCUCCAUGAAGCCUGCUGCAGUUUCCCCAUUUACCUUCUGUGUUUGACUUUGUGAUUACAUUAAGCAAAGGGAAGACGAGUGGUCCUCCAUUAGCGCUCCUUCAUCAUCCUCUCACCGGACUCCACUCAGCAUCACACAGAGCAGCUUUUGUCUGAUUAAAUCUUAACUAGCGACUCCCUAAAUUGGAGUCACAAGUAUGGAAAGAAAUCUGUGGAGAGUUUCCUACUGCAGGCUUGUUGGGGGAUGAAACUUUUUCAAACCUUUUGCUAUUCAAGUCAAAUGUAAUCUGAGCAGCAGAAGUAUAAGAGUAUUUUAACGCAACAUGGAGAUCUGGCAAUGUUUGUUUCUGCUUCUGCUGAGUUUAACCCCUGUGGAGAAUUCGAAAAAUAAUGAUUUCGACCUUGCCAGCUUUGUGAGAAGUAUCUACCCUGGGAUGCUUGUGAAGGAAGAGCCGUUCAUCCCCAAAAGAGACUUUGUAGGACGAUCUGAGGUGCAACCCAAUGUGAAAGCAGUCAGUCAGGAUAGUAACGGGGCUUCUGGAGCUGUGGUGACGACAAAAGAUGGACAGAUCAAAGGGAUAACGGUGGACAAGGCCCGUAUCUUCUAUGGGAUCCCGUACGCAGACCCUCCUGUUGGGGCUUAUCGCUGGAAACCACCCAGACCUGUGAGUCCCUGGCCGGGAGUUUAUGAUGCCUCCUUCCCCAGAGCCGCAUGCAUGCAGGCCUGCAGCGGACCCAUCUCUGAGGAGUGUCCCAGGAAGGUGAGUGAGGACUGUCUGUACCUGAACGUCUUCGUGCCUCUGGAUGUGGACUUCCUGUCUCCUCUGGAGGUCCCUCUCCCCGUCCUAGUGUGGAUCCAUGGGGGGGAUUUCAUCGCCGGAUCGGCCUCAAAGCCUCUGUACGACGGACGCUUCAUCAGCAACUUCACACACACUGUGGUGGUGAGCCUGGAGUACAGACUGGGUGCUUUUGGGUUCCUUGUGUCGGGCAAAAACCCUCUUUCAGCAGCUGCAGGGAAUUAUGGGAUAUUGGACCAGCAGGCGGCUCUACUCUGGGUCCAAAGAAACAUCGCAGUGUUUGGAGGCGAUUCCAGCAAGGUGACCUUAUUUGGGGAGAGUGCAGGCGCUCAGUCCGUCAGCCUCCACCUGAUGAUCCAAAGCAGCAAGACUCUGUUCAAACAGGCCGUCCUGCAGAGCCUGCCCUUCUCCAUCCCUCUGAAGACCAGACAUGACGCCCUGAAGCUGGGGAAGGACUUUGCUAAACAGACGAACUGCUCAGUGAGCGACAUCGUGUGCCUGCUGUCUCUCAGUCCACAGGAAGUCCUCGCUGCACAGAUGAAAACAAGCUCCAAGAUUGUGAACCCGUUCAGGUUCCUGGAGGUUUUUGAGACGUGGGGUCCAUACAUCGAUGGAGAAUUAAUAAAAGAACAAGCUGUCACCGCCUUUCUGAAGGGCCACUGGCAGAAAGAGAAGCCUGUUCUACUGGGAACGACCUCAGAGGAAGGAGUGAUCUUUGCGUACGGUGUCUUCAACAAGCCAGUGUCUGCACUUGAGAGCACUGUUUACAUCACGGCCAUCUUUAAACAACACGCUCUGCGCAUCCUGCACAAAUACCUACCGCUGUACAAGCAGACCGACCGCAGGGACAUGCUCGCUCAGAUCGUGACAGACUACGUGUUCCUGUGUCCCUCGAGGCGUUCAGCUCGAUCCGGCACGGCGUCAGGAAGCAACGUCUGGAUGUACGUUUUCGACCACGUUUCUUCGGAUCAUCGCGUGUGGUCGGGUUUAACUUUCUGCUACGAUCACGCGUGCCACGGUGCAGAACUUCCCUUCCUCUUUGACUCUGCCUCGGUAGCCAACUUCACUCUUUCCAUACCGGAGAAGCUGCUGUCCAAUCGGAUGCUGUGCUAUUGGGGGGCUUUCGCUCACGUUGGAGACCCUUCCUCUCGCGCCCAUCAGACGACUUUCUGCCGGGAGCAACGUCUGCCCAUUUGGCCGAGAUAUUCUGACACCAGCAGCUGGUUGGUGAUGAACCUGACGGUGCGUUCACAUGCUCAAGUGGGAACCAGGAACCAUAUCUGUGACUUCUGGGACCAUCUGGGCAUCUAUUAAUUAGCGAGGGGGUGGGAUGUUGGGUUACUUUGCAUUGAAGUAGCAUCAAUACAUGCCGUUUACCGUGAGCUUUAAUAUGUAAAUUCAUCAGAAAAUCUGUAUCUGUGACUUCUGGGGCCAUCUUUUUAUCUUUUAUUAUUUUACUCCUAUUGUGUCAUUUUACAUUGUAUUUGUUCCCUGUACAGCACUUUGGUCAACUGAGGUUGUUUUAAAUGUGCUAUAUAAAUAAAUAAAGAUUGAGAUUGAUGUAAAUUCAUCAAGAAAUCUG